ACCCUCAUCCUCCUCCUCCUCGCGCAUUACCUGCUGCGUCGUCGCGCGGCUCUGGAGCGCGCGCACUCGUCGCGCAAUGGCCCCGGAUUCAUCUACCAUCGCAAACGCUCGCUUUCCAAUGGAUUAUGAGUCGAAGAUUUUCCCGCACACCGGCGGAUAUGGACGCUACAACCGCAUCGUGGUGGUGUUCAGCUGGUUCCCAAACUUCGCCGUCAUGUUGAAUCUUUUCAGCGACGUCUUUUACACCCUGAUCCCGGAGUCUUACCACUGCAGACCAGACCCGCACCUUCUGCCUUCAACUUUCCUCCUCAGUAACUUCACCUCUCAGGGAUACCUCAACCUCACCAUCCCCUGGGUGAACGGAUCCGGGCUCAGCCACUGUGAGCUCUUCAAGUACCCACCCAAUGCCUCUGACUUUUCUGCAAAUGUGCCCAGAGAGAGGGUGACCUGCACCAAAGGGUGGGAGUACGCCCAUGGAGCCGGGCUGGAGAGCAACUUUGUCACUGAGUGGAAUCUGGUGUGCAGUGACUACUGGAAAAUCCCUUUGCAGCACAUCUGCUUCAUGACAGGAUGGAUUCUGGGAUACAUCUUCCUUGGUACAUUGUGUGACUGGUUGGGGCGUCGUAGAGUCUUCCUCCUCUCCCUCAGUCUGUCCAGUAUGUUUGGGGUGGUCGUCUGUUUGUCCAACAGCGCGGUGGUGUUUCUGCUGCUGCGUCUCUCUCAGGGCUCCAUGCUUGCUGGAGUGUUUGUAUCAUCUUACAUUGCCAGGUUAGAGCUGUGUGACCCUCCUCACCGUCUCAUGGUCGCCAUGAUCAGCGGCUUCUUCGCCGUGUUCGCGGAGCUGCUGUUGCCAGGCAUCGCUGUUCUGUGCCGUGAUUGGCCGAUUCUUCAGGCUGUGGCCACUUUGCCUCUUCUCCUGCUGCUUUCUUAUUGGUGCUGUGCGUCGGUGUUUCCUGAGUCUCCACGCUGGCUGCUGGCCACAGUUCAGAUCCCGCAAGUGAAAAGGAGCUUACAGGAGUUCUCCACCAGGAAUGGGGUUUGUCUGCGAGAUGAAAUUUACCCUGGAGAAACUCUGCUCUCAGAAAUUGAUUCAGCAUACGGAGAAGACUGUCAGCCCAUGUACUUUUCAGUUCUGGAGCUGCGUCGGUCUCGUGUGAUCUGGAAGAACUGUCUCAUCCUCAGCUUCACCCUGUUUAUAGGAACAGGGAUCCAGUACUGUUUCACCAGAAACCUGCACAGUUAUUCCACAAACUUCUACUUCAGCUACUUUCUCAGAGUUAUAACCGGAGCUCUGGCCUGCAUCUACAUUUGUGUGUCUGUUAAUCACUUUGGACGACGAGGUAUGCUGCUGCUCUCUGCCAUCAUCACAGGACUGUCGUCACUGCUGCUGCUCGCCCUCACUCAGUAUCUGCGUGGAGGCCUGGUGUUGGUGCUCUCUGUUGUGGGUCUGCUCUUCUCUCAGGCUCUCGCCAUGCUCAGUGUGUUCUUUGCCUGUGAGGUGAUGCCGACCGUGGUAAGAGGUGGUUGCCUCGGCCUGGUGCUGGCAGCGGGUUGUGUUGGUAUGGCCGCCUCCUCCCUGAUGGAGCUACAAAACAACGGGGGCUACUUCCUCCAUCAUGUCAUCUUCGCCUCCUUCGCUGUCCUGUCCGUUCUCUGCAUAAUGCUCCUACCUGAGAGCAAACGCAAGCAGCUGCCAGACUCCCUGAAGGAUGGCGAGAGCCAGCGGCGGCCUCCUCUUUUCCUGUCCCGGCCUGACAGGGACAACCUGCCGUUACUGUGCCACAGGCCUCCUCUAUCUGAGUACAACCCUGAUAACUAUUCCCGCCUGGUUUCUGCCACCAGGAGGAUGUUGACUAAAGAUAAUCUGCCGUAUAGGAUUGCUGUGCCAACACAUCCUCCUCUGCUGUCAGACAGUGAAACUCAGGGACAGGACAAUGAGACACUGAAAGAGGUGGCAUCUUAACACCCUCCUCAUCCUCACUGAUACAGACUUGGAUUAUCCCUCUUACUCCUUCUGGACAUACCUCUACAGAACAGACAUGUACCAUUACUCUUCACUUACUUUUGUCUGAGCCACUGGCUUUUUAGAACUGGGCUGAGGAACUGUCAUGAGCCUGGAUUCAAAGAUGAAAACAAAGUCUACAAAUUGAGUUCUUUCUUAACGAUAUCUGUCUCUUCUUUGUGUUAUUUUUGCACUUGAAGCCGUUACUGUGCAGUGACAUUUUUGUCAUGUUUAUUCAGGUAUUGCACUGAAAAACCAAAGGCCUUCUUUAGUGUUAUUUUUAAGCCAAACUAAUGUGAGGGCUGCAAAGUCUAAAUUGAAAUCAGUCACUUUAUACUGUCACUGUUUUUGGUGGUGUAAUGCCUGAUCAUUCACCACACUUUUUUAAAAACUCUGGCUAUGACAGAAAUGUUCACACCGCUCUACGUGGAGCAAACUGAACUGUCAGCCACCAGUUUGUGGGUCAUGUGAGCAGCAGCCCUUUGUCCAUUCAUCAGUAGCUCAUGCACUCUUUAUUAAGUCUGAUUCAGCAGUAGUGUCUCAGUGUGGAGAGGAUCCUGGAGAGGAAAUGAACAAAAGACUGGCCCACACUGGUGUUGUAGGGAUUUGUUAUACCUGUGAUGCACACAAGAGGGUGCUAGUGACACACUGGUUGUUUUUAUGCCCAGUGUUGGAUUGUGAUCUUUAGGGUAAGAAAAACAACAACAACAACAAAAAAACAGACUUAGCGUAAUACUGUAUGAAGCUUUCAGAGUUUUCAGUGUCUCUCUAAAGCAACCUGACUUGUCUAUUCUUUUAUAUGUUUUCUGUUGUUCAUAUUCAGUUGUGUUGGUGUGGAAGGUCUGCAUAACUUUGAUGUUACAUUAUAUGAGGUGAUAUUUUUGAUGAAAUGAACUCAAAUUUGCCACACGCAUGUCCGCAUACCACCAAAAAUACACUCAGUGAUCAGCCUUCAGCAGCUGUCAUGUAGUUUCCGGCCCUCCACUCAAGAAAUUUAACUUCAGUUGGUAAACAAAGAUGUGUAUGUUACAUUUUUAAAUGUUGAAACUCUUAUUUACUGAUGGUUUUGCCAUCAUUUUCUUCAUCAGUUGGGACAUCCUAGCUUCUCAAAACAAACUGAAGCCAAAUUUCCUAUGCAAAAGAGCAGCAUCGAAUCUGUAAAUGAAAUGCAAAACAUGCAAAUAAGCUGAAAAGGAGCUAAAGUUGCCUCUAUUGAGGCAGCUCCUUCUCUGAACCCUAGAUGGAGCUGUUCUCCAAUAAAUGAGACUACAAUGACUUCUUCAUUCUCACAUACUGGCAUGUGCCAACAGCCUCUCUCUGACAGUGUUUCACUGGGAAAAAAACAGCCAGAUGAAUCAAUAAACUCAACUUGGUCCGA